GUGUGUGUUUUCAAGUGUGAAACAACAGGUGUAAAUAGCUUCUAAGAAUUAGGGUUUCAAAAAGCUAGAAGAAGAAGAAAAACAUCUAGAAUUGAUGCUGUUGAAGCUGUUGAAGCUGUUCAUCUUUGCAUUCUGCAAAACCCUAACCGUUUGAUUUUGUUAAUUGAUGUGUUAUUUUGCUGAAAUUUACUAAAAUUAGACGAUACGAAAGUUCGAAACCCUAGUUAUUCGAUUUUGGAGGUUUGAAGGUGUUUAGGAUGUUAUUGAAUUGAAGGUUUAGAGGGGAAGGAGGAGGAAGAUAUGGAUGGGGAGGAUACGAAGGUAAUGUUGGCAUGUGUAAUUUCGGGGACGGUUUUCGCGGUGUUGGGGUCGGCUUCGUUUGCGAUACUUUGGGCGGUUAAUUGGCGGCCGUGGCGGAUUUACAGUUGGAUCUAUGCUAGAAAAUGGCCAAGUUUCUUACAAGGGCCUCAACUGGGAAUAUUAUGUGGUUUUCUUUCCCUGUGUGCAUGGAUAGCUGUCAUUUCUCCAAUUAUAGUUCUAAUCUCAUGGGGAUGUUGGUUAAUUAUAAUACUGGGGCGAGAUAUCAUCGGUUUAGCAGUCAUCAUGGCUGGAACAGCUCUGCUUCUAGCAUUCUAUUCAAUCAUGCUUUGGUGGAGAACACAAUGGCAGAGCUCGAGGGCGGUUGCUGUUCUUCUACUUCUGGCCGUUGCAUUGCUAUGUGCAUAUGAACUGUGUGCAGUUUAUGUGACAGCUGGCUCAACUGCUCCGCAACGGUAUUCACCUUCUGGAUUCUUCUUUGGGGUGUCAGCAAUUGCUUUAGCAAUCAAUAUGCUCUUCAUUUGCAGAAUGGUCUUUAAUGGUAACGGUUUGGAUGUUGAUGAAUAUGUUCGAAUUGCAUACAAAUUUGCUUAUUCUGACUGUAUUGAAGUGGGCCCCGUUGCUUGCUUACCUGAACCACCAGAUCCAAAUGAUUUGUAUCCUAGACAGUCUAGAAGGGUGUCACACCUUGGGCUUCUGUAUCUCGGGUCACUACUUGUACUUCUUGUGUAUUCUAUAUUAUAUGGUUUAACAGCAAAGGAGUCCAAUUGGCUUGGGGCUAUAACAUCAGCAGCAGUUAUAAUUCUUGAUUGGAACAUGGGUGCCUGUUUAUACGGUUUUGAGCUUCUUCAAAGCCGUGUCAUUGCUCUCUUUGUUGCUGGCGCUUCUCGUGUUUUCUUGAUUUGCUUCGGAGUUCAUUAUUGGUAUCUUGGGCACUGUAUUAGCUAUGCGGUUGUGGGGUCCGUUUUACUUGGUGCAGCUGUAACCCGUCACUUGUCUGUCACAAACCCGUUAGCUGCAAGAAGAGAUGCUUUACAAAGUACCGUCAUCCGUUUACGAGAGGGCUUUAGAAGAAAAGAACAAAACUGUUCAUCAAGCUCAUCAGAAGGUUGCGGGUCAAGUGUCAAACGAAGUAGUAGUGCUGAAACGGGCCACCUCGGUAACAGCACACGUUGCAUAGGUGACCCAAACAGCUGGGCCUACAUGGAAGGUGUCAACAGUGAAAAAAGCUUAGAUAGUGGAAGACCGAGUUUAGCCAUACGAACCAGUUCGUGUCGGUCUGUUAUUCAAGAGGGUGUGGUGGGCCCGUCGAAUUUCGACAUGAACGGUGGUUCAUUGGUAGUUUGUUCUAGUAGUGGGCUUGAGAGUCAAGGAUGUGAGUCUAAUGACUCAGCUAACCAACAGGUGCUGGAUUUAAAUUUGGCUUUAGCAUUUCAAGAAAAGUUUAACGACCCGAGAAUUACGUCUUUACUGAAACGGAGAGCACGCGCCGGAGAUAUCGAGCUGACUAAUUUGUUGCAAGAUAAAGGUUUAGACCCGGAUUUUGCGGUGAUGUUGAAAGAGAAUGGGUUAGAUCCGACAAUUCUCGCGUUGUUGCAAAGAAGUAGUUUGGAUGCAGAUAGAGAUCACCGUGAUAAUAAUGAUAUAAUAAUUACUGACUCAGACAAUGCUAAUAAUGAUUUGCAUAAUCAAAUAUCGCUAUCUGAAGAACUUAGGAUUCGUGGGCUGGAAAAAUGGUUAAAAAUUUUUAGACUGCUUUUGCAUCAUAUUGCUGGUACACCUGAACGGGCUUGGGUUCUUUUUAGUUUUGUGUUUAUUGUUGAAACUGUAAUCGUGGGCCAGUUUCGUCCGAAAACCGUUGAAGUUAUCGGUGCAACACACCAACAGUUUGAAUUUGGGUGUGCGGUGUUGUUAUUGUCGCUCGUUAUUUGUUCCAUUAUGGCGUUUCUUCGGUCCCUACAAGCCGAAGAUAUGGUGAUGACUUCAAAACCACGGAAGUACGGUUUUAUUGCUUGGCUACUGAGCACUUGUGUCGGUCUUCUGCUAUCCUUCUUGAGCAAGUCAUCUAUUCUUCUCGGGUUGUCUUUGACUGUUCCACUCAUGGUAGCAUGCCUUUCUGUUGCAAUUCCUAUUUGGAUACGUAAUGGCUACCGGUUUUGGGUGUCAAGAGAUAAUUAUGGAAAUCAAGUCGGAAGUUAUCGUUCUUUCUGGCUGAAAGAGGUGGUUGUUCUUUCGAUCUGUAUAUUAUUAUUCGUUGGAUCAGUAUUAGCUCUUGGUGCAAUAGUCUCUGUAAAACCUUUGGAGGAUUUGGGCUACAAGGGUUGGGCCGGUGGUCAAAACAGUAUUAAAUCACCAUAUGCAUCACCGCUCUACUUGGGCUGGGCCAUGGCUUCCGUAAUUACUUUAAUAGUUACGGGCCUGUUACCCAUUGCAUCCUGGUUUGCCACAUACCGGUUUUCUCUUUCCUCAGCGAUAUGUGUAGCCAUAUUUUCAGCUGUUUUGGUUGCAUUUUGUGGUGCAUCGUAUCUCGAGGUUGUUAACUCUAGAGACAAUAAUGUUCCUGAAAAAAGUGAUUUUCUGGCUGCAUUACUUCCUUUAGUCUGCAUCCCGGCUUUGCUAUCACUCUGUUCUGGUUUACUUAAAUGGAAGGAUGAUAACUGGAGACUUUCACGAGGUGUUUAUGUGUUUGUCAUAAUCGGUCUUCUUCUUCUUCUUAGUGCGAUUUCAGCUGUUAUGGUCAUAAUCGAACCAUGGACGAUCGGGGCAUCAUUUCUUUUACUUCUUCUACUCAUUGUUCUUGCUAUUGGUAUCAUCCACUUUUGGGCUUCAAAUAACUUUUACUUAACCCGAAUGCAAACAUUUGUUGUUUCUCUUCUUGCGUUUCUACUCGCCCUUGCUGCUUUCUAUCUUGGAUGGCUUCAAGACAGAUUUUUCGUUGGAGCUUCUGUUGGUUACUUUUCAUUUUUGUUUCUUCUGGCUGGCAGAGCAUUAACUGUGCUUCUUUCACCUCCUAUAGUAGUAUAUUCUCCACGAGUGCUACCCGUAUAUGUCUACGAUGCUCAUGCAGAUUGUGGGAAAAACGUCAGUGUUGCUUUCAUUGUUCUUUACGGGAUUGCAUUAGCAAUUGAAGGCUGGGGCGUUGUCGCAAGUUUAGUAAUUUAUCCACCUUUUGCCGGAGCAGCCGUUUCAGCAAUUACACUUGUUGUAUCAUUUGGAUUCGCCGUCUCCCGUCCAUGUUUGACUCUCGAGAUGAUGGAAGAUGCUGUACACUUUCUCAGUAAGGACACCAUUAUUCAAGCAAUUGCCCGAUCCGCCACCAAGACAAGAAAUGCUCUAUCGGGAACGUAUUCGGCUCCACAGAGAUCCGCCAGCUCAGCUGCUCUUUUAGUCGGAGACCCCAACAUCACACGUGAUCGAGCAGGAAAUUUCGUGCUCCCGAGAGCAGACGUCAUGAAAUUAAGAGAUCGUUUGAAAAACGAAGAAUUGGCUGCAGGAUCGAUUCUUCUUAAAAUAAAACACGGGAUAUUAUUCCAGCACGAUUCAACCAAUGACAUGGGUUAUAGAAGAGAGAUGUGUGCGCAUGCUCGAAUUCUGGGUUUAGAAGAAGCAAUCGAUACAGAAUGGGUGUACAUGUGGGAUAAAUUUGGUGGUUAUUUACUUCUUUUGCUUGGUUUAACCGCUAAAGCUGAACGUGUACAGGACGAGGUUCGGUUAAGACUCUUUCUUGAUAGCAUCGGGUUUUCAGAUUUAAGUGCUAAAAAGAUCAAAAAGUGGAUGCCGGAAGACCGUAGGCACUUUGAAAUUAUACAAGAGAGUUAUAUAAGAGAGAAGGAGAUGGAAGAAGAAAUAUUGAUGCAGCGACGUGAAGAAGAAGGGAAGGGUAAAGAGAGGAGAAAAGCUCUUUUAGAAAAGGAAGAAAGGAAAUGGAAGGAAAUAGAAGCUACUCUCAUAUCUUCUAUUCCAAACGCCGGAAGUCGGGAAGCCGCCGCCAUGUCAGCAGCCAUUAGAGCAGUCGGUGGUGAUUCGGUUCUUGAUGAUUCAUUUGCACGUGAACGGGUUUCAAGUAUUGCACGGAGAAUUCGUAGCACUCAGCUAGCCCGUCAUGCCCUCCAGACGGGAAUCUCGGGAGCAGUGUGUGUUCUUGACGAUGAGCCGGUAACAAGUGGUAGAUACUGUGGCCAGAUGGACCCCACUGUUUGUCUUAGCCAAAAAGUUUGUUUUUCAAUGGCGGUUAUGAUCCAGCCUGAGUCGGGCCCUGUUUGUCUGUUGGGCACCGAGUUUCAGAAGCAAGUGUGCUGGGAAAUUCUCGUUGCGGGUUCUGAGCAAGGAAUUGAAGCGGGUCAAGUUGGGCUCAGGCUCAUAACAAAAGGAGAUAGACAGACUACUGUUUCAAAGGAGUGGAACAUUGGUGCCGCGUGUAUUGCUGAUGGAAGGUGGCAUACAGUUACAGUCACCAUUGACGCCGACUUAGGGGAGGCGACUUGCUAUUUAGACGGCGGUUUUGAUGGAUACCAAACAGGGUUACCGUUACGUGUCGGAAACGGCGUUUGGGAGCAAGGAACAGAGGUUUGGGUCGGUGUUAGACCGCCAACUGAUGUAGAUGCAUUUGGGCGGUCCGAUAGUGAAGGAUCUGAAUCCAAAAUGCACGUAAUGGAUCUUUUUCUUUGGGGAAGAUGCUUAUCCGAAGACGAAAUUUCCGCUCUUCCUGCCGCCAUGGGUUCUACUGAGUACAAUAUGUUUGAUCUCCCCGAAGACAAUUGGCAAUGGACGGAUUCGCCCCCUAGGGUUGAUGAAUGGGACAGUGAUCCUGCUGAGGUGGAUUUAUACGAUAGAGAUGAUGUAGAUUGGGACGGUCAAUAUUCUAGUGGGAGAAAACGAAGAUCAGAACGCGAAGGAAUUGUGGUCGAUAUGGAUUCUUUCGCAAGACGAUUGAGAAAACCAAGAACGGAAACACGUGAAGAAAUCAUUCAACGAAUGCUGUCAGUUGAACUCGCGGUUAAAGAAAACCUUUUGGCUAAAGGAGAAGCUCACUUUACUGACCAAGAAUUCCCCCCAAAUGACCGCUCGUUGUUUAUAGACCCCGAUAGCCCGCCUUCUAAAUUGCAAGUUGUGUCUAAAUGGUCGAAACCAACCGAAAUCGUUAACGAAAACCAGUUCGGUUAUAAUCCAUGCUUAUUUUCCGGCGAUGCAAAUCCUUCUGAUGUCUGUCAGGGCCGGUUGGGUGAUUGUUGGUUUUUGAGUGCGGUUGCUGUUUUGACCGAGGUUUCUAGAAUAUCGGAAGUUAUAAUUACACCGGAAUAUAACGAGGAAGGAAUCUACACCGUCCGUUUCUGUAUUCAGGGAGAAUGGGUCCCGGUAGUUGUUGAUGACUGGAUACCAUGUGAAGCACCGGGAAAACCGGCAUUCGCCACAAGUAAAAAGGGGAACGAAUUAUGGGUAUCUUUAUUAGAAAAAGCAUAUGCCAAACUUCACGGGUCCUACGAGGCCCUAGAAGGCGGGCUAGUCCAAGAUGCACUUGUUGACCUAACGGGCGGUGCGGGUGAAGAGAUUGACAUGAGAAGUUCACAGGCCCAGAUUGAUCUCGCUAGCGGGAGAUUAUGGUCGCAGUUACUACGGUUCAAACAAGAAGGUUUCUUGUUAGGUGCGGGAAGCCCGUCGGGUUCGGAUGUGCAUAUCUCUUCAAGUGGGAUCGUUCAGGGCCACGCGUACUCGUUGUUACAAGUACGAGAAGUUGAUGGACAUAAACUCGUUCAAAUUCGAAAUCCGUGGGCUAAUGAGGUGGAAUGGAACGGACCGUGGUCCGAUUCAUCACCUGAAUGGACGGACAGGAUGAAACACAAGCUUAAGCAUGUCCCUCGAGCAAAAGACGGUAUAUUUUGGAUGUCAUGGCAAGAUUUCCAGAUUCAUUUCCGUUCAAUUUACGUUUGCCGGGUCUACCCGCCCGAAAUGAGAUACUCAGUUCACGGUCAAUGGCGCGGUUAUAGUGCCGGUGGCUGCCAGGAUUACGACACGUGGCACCAAAACCCACAAUUUAGAAUCCGAGCCACUGGUUCAGACGCAUCAUGUCCUAUACACGUCUUCAUUACCUUGACUCAGGGGGUGAGUUUCUCGAGAACGACAGCUGGAUUCAGAAACUAUCAAUCUAGUCAUGAUUCGAUGAUGUUCUAUAUCGGAAUGAGAAUAAUCAAAACACGAGGACGUCGUGCUGCUUAUAACAUAUAUUUACAUGAGUCCGUAGGUGGGACCGAUUACGUAAAUUCUCGAGAAAUAUCUUGCGAGAUGGUGUUAGACCCCGACCCGAAAGGUUACACAAUAGUACCAACGACAAUACACCCCGGAGAAGAAGCACCCUUUGUUCUUUCCGUAUUCACCAAAGCAUCCAUCACCCUUGAAGCUUUAUAAACCGCCAUGCACAUAGCCGUUUUAUGGGUUUAAAAUUUUAAAAUUGGGACCGGUUGGUGAACCGAUUUCAAAUUGGUGGUCCACAAGCAUGGUAUAUAAUGUGUGUUAUAAGUGCGGCUGUUGUUCGAUGAAGCUUUUCUGGGUUUAGAGAACGGGUUUUCGGGUUUUGGGUCGGGGUGGGGUGGGGUGGUGUAAGAAUGUAAUGAUGUAAAUGAAUAGGAAAAGAGAUAGAAAAGUUGAGUUAGAGAGAGGGCACUAGGUGCAGUUUUGAGGGGAGGUUUAUAUGUCUGCAUUAUGUACAUGUUGACCGCGUUUUUUAUUAUUGAAAUGGAAAAAUAUCCGCUUCUAAUUUGACCG